AUGGGUGAAAAGAGAAGAAACAACGGUGGUAGAGGUCAAGACCGUAAGAAGAAGUAUAAAGUUGCAACGGGUAUAAUUGAUCCACAAACUUCAGGAAUUUAUGCAACUUGUAAUAGACAUCAUGAAAAACAAUGUGAAAAAGAAUUAAAAUUAUUAUUUGAUGAUAAAUUUGAACAAUUUUAUAAAGAUGUUGGAGUUGAAGAGGAUGAAGAUUCAAAAGGUGAAGAAGAAGAACUUUCUAUAGAAGAAUCUAUUAAAAGAGAAUUAGAAGGUUUACAACAACCAAAAGAAAAAGAUCCAACAAAGAAAGAACCUUUCCAAUUCAUUGAUUUAGGAUGUGAAUGUGUUGUUUUCGUUAAGACUAGAAAACCAGUUGAUCCAACUUUUUUGGUGGAGAAAAUUUGUGAAGAAGCUUUUGAAUCUAAAAUUAAAAAUACAAGAUAUACACAAAAAUUAACACCAAUAACAUGGUCAUCAUCAGCUAGUAUUGAAGAAUUAACUAAAUUAGCUAAGCAUGUUUUAGCACCUCAUUUCCAUCAAGAUAAAGAAAUUCAAAAACCUUUAUCAUUUGCAGUUAAAGUAAGUUCAAGAAAUUUUAAUACAAUUGAAAAAAUGGAUAUAAUUACCAAAAUUGCUGAAUGUGUUGGUAGAGAUCAUGGACAUAAAGUUGAUUUAAAAAAAUUUGAUAAAUUAAUUUUAGUUGAAUGUUUUAAAAAUAAUAUUGGUAUGAGUGUUGUUAAUAAUUAUGAAAAAUAUCAAAAAUAUAAUUUACAACAAAUUUUUGAAAAACAAUUAAAAGAAGAUAAUACUUUAUCAAGAUCUGCUACUCCAAAAAUUAUAAAGAAUGAUGAAGUUAAAGAAGAAUCAAAAGAAUCAAAAGAAUCAAAAGAUGAGCAAAAAAAUGAACAAAAAGAAUCAAAAGAUGAAACACCAAAAGAAUCAACUACUGAACCUACAAAAACUCAAUCUAUCCAAGUUGACGUAUGA